AACACCGCUUUCGUUGGGAUCUUUUCUUCUUCUUCUUCUUCUUUUCUAUCUCUACUGUUCUUCACGCAACUCACGCGCUCACACUUGAGCUUGCAUGCUGCAUUCUGCCCCCGUAACAAUCACUGUUUCUAAGAUUUGCGCGUGGAUCUAACAGUUUUUUUGUUCUGCCAAUUUCUGAACCCUAAUUUUGCUGAUCUCGUGUCUCCGAGCUCGCUGCUUAUGGCGACGGGCAAGACGUCACGGUCAAGAAGCAUCACCGCCACUGUCAAGGAGAACGGACCUAAGCUCGAGGAAGGUUUGCAUCCUUUCAAGUCUGACAAGUUCGAUGCAGAGGGCUAUGUCCAGUCUAAGUGUUCCCUCAGCGACAAGGAAAUAAAACAAUUAUGCACAUAUCUAGUGGAUUUGAAAAAAGCUUCUGCCGAGGAGAUGCGUCGAAGUGUCUAUGCUAACUAUGCAGCCUUCAUACGAACAUCUAAGGAGAUAUCAGAUUUAGAGGGGGAGCUUUCAUCUAUCAGAAACCUGCUGUCUACACAAGCUGCCUUGAUACAUGGUUUAGCUGAGGGAGUUCACAUUGACUCAUUGUCUAUCUCCAAUUCUAAUGGUUUUUCUGAAAAUGCUUUAUCAAAUUCUGAAGAUAGGGAGACAUCAGACCUGGACAAAUGGCUAGUUGAGUUUCCUGAUCUUUUGGAUGUUCUAUUGGCUGAAAAGCGUGUUGAUGAAGCUUUGGCCGCCCUUGAUGAAGGAGAUCGUAUAUAUUCUGAGGCAAAAAAGAUGAAAUCUCUCAGUCCAUCUUUACUUUUGUCUCUACAGAAUUCCAUUAACAAAUGUAGGCAGAAAUUAGCUGAUCAGCUUGCUGAAGCUGCUUGUCAGCCUUCCACUCGUGGGGCUGAACUUCGUGCAUCAAUUUCAGCCCUUAAAAGGCUUGGAGAUGGUCCCAAUGCUCACAGCUUGUUGCUUAAUGCCCAUCUGCAACGAUAUCAGUAUAACAUGCAAAGUCUUCGCCCAUCAAGCACCUCAUAUGGAGGAGCAUAUACUGCAGCUCUUGCACAACUGGUAUUUUCUGCAAUAGCACAAGCUGCAAGUGAUUCAUUGGCCAUUUUUGGUGAGGAGCCGGCUUAUACUUCUGAACUUGUGAUGUGGGCUACGAAGCAAACAGAGGCAUUUGCUCUUCUGGUGAAAAGGCAUGCAUUAGCUUCGUCAGCAGCUGCUGGUGGUUUAAGAGCUGCUGCGGAGUGUGUUCAAAUAGCAUUGGGUCAUUGCUCAUUGUUGGAGGCACGUGGCCUGGCUCUUUGUCCUGUGCUUUUGAAACUUUUUAGGCCUAGUGUGGAACAAGCAUUAGAUGCUAAUCUGAAACGAAUUCAGGAGAGCACUGCUGCUUUGGCAGCCGCUGAUGAUUGGGUACUCACAAACCCUCCAUCUAAUCGUCAGACUGGAAGACCUUCAAGCAUAUCAAUGAAUAAUACAACAACAUUUCAACAUAAACUUACAAGUAGUGCUCAUCGCUUCAAUUUGAUGGUCCAGGACUUCUUUGAGGAUGUAGGACCACUGCUUAGUAUGCAGUUGGGAGGCCAAGCUUUGGAAGGGUUGUUUCAGGUGUUUAACUCUUAUAUCAGCAUGCUCAUAAAAGCAUUACCUAUAUCAAUGGAGGAAGAACUAAGCUUUGAAGAAUCUGGAAACAAACUUGUUCGAAUUGCUGAGACUGAAGCCCAGCAUAUUGCAUUGCUUGCUAAUGCUUCAUUACUAGCAGAUGAACUACUUCCGCGUGCAGCCAUGAAACUAUCUCCCAUAAAUCAGUCUGCUUACAAGGAUGAUAAUAGGAGAAGAAUCUCUGACAGGCAAAAUCGUCAUCCUGAACAAAGAGAAUGGAGGAGACGACUUGUUAGUUCUGUUGACAGAUUAAAAGAUACAUUCUGUCGUCAACAUGCUUUGGACCUCAUUUUUGCAGAGGAUGGUGAUAGUCAUCUCACAGCCAACAUGUAUAUAAAUAUGGAUGGAAAUGCAGAUGAAAAUGAAUGGCUUCCAUCUUUGAUUUUUCAGGAACUUUUCAUAAAACUGAACAGAAUGUCCAAUUUCGCAGCAGAUAUGUUUGUAGGGAGGGAAAGAUUUGCGACAUUGCUCUUGAUGAGACUUACAGAAACUGUUAUUUUGUGGCUUUCAGAAGACCAAAGCUUUUGGGAUGAUAUUGAAGAAGGGCCAAGGCCUUUGGGUCCUCUUGGUCUCCAACAGUUCUAUUUGGAUAUGAAGUUUGUGGUAUGUUUUGCCUCCCAAGGUCGGUAUUUGUCGAGGAAUCUGCAACGAACUGUCAAUGAGAUUAUAACCAAAGCAAUGGCAGCAUUUUCGGCAACAGGGAUGGAUCCAUAUAGCGAAUUGCCUGAAGACGAAUGGUUUAACGAAAUAUGUCAAGAUGCUAUGGAGAGGCUAAGUGGAAAACCAAAAGAAAUAAAUGGUGAGAGAGAUCUUAACAGUCCAACCGCGUCAGUCUCGGCUCAAUCCAUUUCAUCUGUCAGAUCCCAUAGUAGCUCGUAAUAAAUAGUUUCAUUCAUCCUUGUCCCUUGUAUAUUACGACACACACUCCAUUUUUCAUUAAGGAAUUUCUGCCAUAUUUCUGUACUCCCAUAAGAUUUUUCUCUUUGCUCUUCUGAUGCCUUCCCUUUUUCUUUUAGUAAGUUUUCCCGUCGUUCAUGUCUUAAUUUCGUGGGAGAUGGGGAUGUAACCCUGCAUUUCUGUAGAUUUAAGUUUUUUAUAGUCAGGUAUUCCUAAAAAAUUCAGGUUGUCCUUUGAUUUGUAAAUGUUGAUUUGAUUAUUUGUUUCUUAUUCUCAUAUAUUAUUCUUUUCAAGCAA